CAUCCUUCCACCAUGAGCAACAAAAUUCCAAUUCUUUUGUUGAAAACGAAAUCCAUACCCAAUGAUGGAUACCAAGAACAUUUCUCCUCCUCAAAAGAUGAUUUGCAAUUUGAUCCUAUUUUCGUGCCUGUGCUGGAACACCAACUUCUGGAAGAUGGGAUGAGUGUAGUACGGGGUUUGCUUCAGAAGAAGUCAAUUAGCAAAGAGGAGGGUGCAAAGUAUGGUGGGAUGAUAUUUACGUCUCAACGUGCUGUAGAGGCAUUUGCGAAAUUGAUUGAGGAAGGGAAAGGUAGGUAGGAGCCCAAGAUCCAUUUCUACGAAAUAUAGGGCACAAUUAACUCUGUCUGAAUAGGUGAAGAAUCAUGGCCCCAUCUACAAGAUAUCCCAACCUACACCGUCGGUCCAGCAACCUCCCGAGCUCUACGAUCCAUCCCUCAAACCCCACCUCUGAAAAUCUUCGGGUCAGAAACUGGGAAUGGUGAGGCAUUGGCGCAUUACAUGCUCGAUCACUAUGGGGAAUGGUAUAAAGAUAGAACUGUCAAGCCACCAUUGCUAUUCCUAGUGGGAGAACAGAGAAGGGAUAUAAUACCAAAGACACUUAUGGAUCCCGAAUUACCCAAUGAGAGACGUAUACAGGUCGAUGAACUUGUCGUCUACGGAACCGGAGUAAUGGAAUCGUUCGCGGAGGACUUUAAACGGGUUUUGGGCGAUACAGAAGGGAGUGAUAUGAGGUGGGUGGUGGUUUUUUCUCCUACUGGGUGUGAGGCUAUGCUGAGGGUUCUGGGGUUGCUGGACCAGAAUACGGGAAGAGUGAAAGUUGAAGGUGAUACGAAGAGCGGGAGGUCUAAGACUUAUGUCAUUACAAUCGGUCCUACGACCCGCGAUUUCUUGAGGGAUAGCUUUGGUUUCGAGCCGGAUGUUUGUGCGGAAAAACCAAGUCCUGAGGGAUUAAGAGAUGGAAUUGUGAAGUUUAUAUCCAAUUUGGAAUCAAAUUGAAAUUAGGAUACUGUUAGAAUAGUAUAGGUUAGUUGAACUCAUCAACAUAGAAGACCAUCAGCC